UAAGGGAGAGUUUGUGACCCUCCUUUUAUCAGUAGAUCCCUCUCUCUAUCUCUCUUGCCUUCAAGACGCUCCCGCUUGCUUCUCUCUUUUCCUGUCUCUCUCUGUCUCUGUCCGUCUCCUGCUGCCGGCUCAGAGGGACACGUGUGGUGCUGCGCAGCACUUCCCUUGAUUCACCCUCCAGUCUCUCGCUGCUCAAAUCCCACUGAGCCACUAAUGGCUUUAAGCCCUCAGAAAUCCACAACACUCGAGUUCCGGAACACCUGGGUUAAAAUUCCGAAAUACGGGAAUACCGGAGGACUUUGCUUUUUUUUUUUUUUGGAGCUGGGAAGAUUCGCAGACUUUACUAUGUGUUUGUUUUUAACUUUUUAUCCUGUACUAAAAUUGGUUGAUAAUAAUUUAUUGCAAACACUGUGUGAGAGUGGAUCCUUAAUUUUCCAUUAAUGCGGGAGGAAUUCUUCUGGAAUUACUUUUGGAUAUAACUUAUUUCUUUGUAAACGUGGAGGGAAUUGAAACACAAUUUUGGGGAUAUAUCUUUGGAUUUGGAGGUUUAACACGCUUUCAGAGGAAAGACAUCAGACUGACUCAAAAGUAGCCGUGUGUCUGUGUGUGUGUGAUUAAAGACCUUAUGAAAGUGUGUAUUGUUUAUAUGUCUGCAUUUGCCUGUAUUUGUAUGUGUAUUUUUGGCCAUGCUGGAAGAAAAGAAGGCCCAGGGGUCUCGGCAACAGGGCUCAGCGGACGCAGGUCACCCAAAAACGUCGAAGAUCAACAGCAGCACACGUAAAACUGACCACGUCUCAAACAGCAGCAACAUCAUCAACCGUCCACGCCGCUUUGCAUUUCUAUCGGAGCGUUGUGCCCCCUCUACUGCUUCAGGGCCCCUAACAAGCCCCAUACUUGGAGGGCUACCAGGGAGAUCGCUCCUGAUUGGACAGCAGGCUGCCUCCUUGCGGCUGGCUCAACUUAAGGCCCAGCUAGCGCUGACACAGAUAAACAAUGCUCUCACUGUUGGCAACCGAGCCACGACUUUGACAGCCAACGCCAACACACCUGCUCCAUACAUACCAACAACAGCCCCCUCCCCAACUGCUGCGGCCAUCAAUCUUCUUAAUCUUCUGAAGAUUGUUAAUACCAUGUCCCAUCCCCUGUAUAACCCCUAUGCCUCUGGGAACCAAAGUUCCACCCAGGGACAGUAUGGACUCUCCAGUAUACAGGUAGCGAGGGACCCUCAAAGGGCAUCCUCUGGCCCUGGAGCUGGGCCCAGCGUCAGCUCUUCUGGAGCUUCUGCGACUCCCGCCAACUCCGGAGGGACACUCCCAUUGCUGUUGCCUCAGUCAAUGAACUACAGGCCUGAACAGAGAAGGGCCACAAUAGACAAAAACCUAGAGAGGUCUGUAGACAUGCAUAUUAGCAGAGCCAGAGAGGAGGUGAGGCUUCUUGGCAAACAGAUGCAUCAGCCCAUAGACCAGGGAGCUCGCUUUACCAGCACUCAAAUUGAUGAGUUCCCCUCCUCAGGCACAGGGAUGACCUACCCAUUGUCCUCAACCUCUUCCUCUCUAGGACAUAGACAGUCGGACUUUGAAAGUGGCCGUAGCUCUUCGGAGUGGUCAUCAAACUACAAAAGGCCCACUGCUGAUGACCCCUCUGAAUUUUAUUCAUCAUCUGCUUCAUCCAACUAUGCUGGUGGUGGUGAUGGUAGGUUGAAUGUCUUCGGUGAAAGAAAACAUGAUAUGCAGUCCAUUCCAGGGUUAGGUGAUUUUGACUGUCCAGUGCCAGACAAACCUGCUGCGCCCGCAGAGUCAAGUCGACCCAAGUACACCUCUGAAUCAGCUACGAACAUCCUUCUGCACUUUGGACUUGAAAAAGAGGACUUGCAACAUCUCAUCUCCUUUCCUGAAGACCAGAUCACUCCUGCUAACCUGCCGUACAUCUUGCGGCAAAUCCGCGUUGAGAAGACCAAGAAAGCUACAGCUGCAGUUCAGUCAAAACCUGAACCCCAACCCACUGGAAGUGUGAGAGGAAUUGAAAGUCACAGUUUGAGUAGUUCUGGAGGGGCAUUGCUGCGCCAGGAGGAAAUUUCAUUGGCUAUUCUCCAGCCCAGUAAAGUGAUUGACUAUGGACAUACUGGCAAAUAUACUGGAGGGGUUGGGGAUGAGAUUGGAAGGACCAGUAGCAGCAGAGCUAACAGCGGUGGGAAUGAAAGUAUGUUGCUAAUGAACACUUAUGAUGGUAGCAGACACAUUCGAGAAGCACCUCAACAACAUACAACAGAGGUGAAAAGCAGUGCCUUUAGUUCUUCACGUGACCAGGCGAGUUCUGUUUCCAGUCUCAGCUCUUCAUACAGUUCAAUACUGAGCUCUGUGGCUCCACCAAGCAAUGAUCAGACCAAACGAUUGCAAAGCCAACCAAACCAGACUUCCCAAACAAUCCUCAGCUCUUUCUCUCUGCCAAAGAAAGACACAGACAUUAGAGUUCUCAAGUCUGAAGUCCCCAAACCCGCUCCUUUAAAAGAACCAGAGGAUGAUCGUCAGUCAACAUCGAAAACCCAGCCACUCUCCACUCUGUACCAUGGUGUGCAUCCCUGCCGACCUGGCCUUGUGCUCAUCAACAGUAAUAACGCCAGAGGCACUAAGGAUCUGAGUAAAACUCAAGGACAAGGGUCGACAGUUGCUGAGCAGAUGAAAAAGCAGCAGCCUCAGCAGCAGUUGCAGAAGCAGCCGAUGCAGCAGCACCAGAAGCAGCAGACACCAAAGCAGCCAGUAUCGCAGGCGGGACAAGCUGUGUGGCCUCCAGUUAUUUCUGCUGCAAAAUCUGUUCCCCCUGCCUCUCGCACCCCAAACAUCACAGAUGCCAUGCAACGUCCAGUGUUUGUCCCUGGUGGUCCCCGCCCCAUCGUUGGCCCUCCAGCUCUGCCACAGCCAAUCCCAAGCCUAAUGAACAUCAUUCCUCAGACGCAGCCGCCUUCCAAAUGGCAGCCUCCGGCAAAGAUGGCUGUGACCAAGGGUCUUCCAACGGCAGCCAUGAUGCAUGACUAUGCGGCAACCACGCCAAAAAUCUUUCCACACACCUGCUCUUUGUGUAACAGAGAAUGUACUCGUAUGAAGGAUUGGAUCUCCCACCAGAACACCAGCCUUCACCUUGAGAGCUGCAGAGUCCUUCGAACACAAUAUCCAGAGUGGGAUGGUGAGAUAGCACUCAAGCCAAGUGCUGCAGGCAAAGAUGCCAAGCCCUUGCCCUCAACCUCUGUAAAGACUUCCCAGCAUCAUCACCAGAAAGUCAGGCAUGGAAGCCGCUCCUGUUCCCACUCGCCCAGCCCCCGUCGCCACUGUGGGCCAGAGGGUAGAAGGGAGAGCCGCAGUAGUCGAUCACAUUCGCCACCCAGCUCCAGAUACACUCGCAGGUCUCGGUCUCGUUCUCCACGAUAUGACCAUCCUUCCUCCUCCCGCUCUUGGUCACGUUCCAGGAGCCCUCCAAGGAAGAGUAAUGAGCCACGAUCACCAUCAAGGAGGAGUGAUGAGUGGCGAUCACCACCAUGGAGAAGUAAUGAGAGACGAUCGCCACCAAGGAGGAGUGAUCAGAGAAGAUCACCACCAAGGAAGAGUGAUGAGACAAGAUCUCCAUUAAUGAGGAGGGGUGAUGAGUGGCAGUCACCAGCAAGGAGGACUGAUGACAGACGAUCACCACCAUGGAGGAGUAACGAGAGAGGUUCACCACCAAGAAGGACUGAUGAGAGACAACCUCUACCAAAGAGGAGUGAUCAGAGAAGAUCACCGCCAAGACGGAGUGAUCAGAGACGAUCCCCUCAACAAAAGAAGUCAAGCAGUGCAGAGAGGCUGGCUAAGAAACUACUAGAAACAUCAGCUGUCCAGUCUCUGUCAAAAGAGUCUGACCUGGAGGCUGUGGUUAAAACCUUACUAGCUGGGCUAGCCAAGAUGAAGUCAUCGUCAACGUCAUCCACCUCCACAAGAGGGAAGCCCUCCUCAUCUUCUGCUGCCUGUUCCUCAUCCUCCUCCUCUACAGCAAAGAAGAAGGAGUUGACUAAAAAGCCCUCUAAAGCAAAGUCCAGCCUGCCGAAGAGCGAGUCUGCUAAAUCUUUGCCUUCAACCAUGGUGAAGCUACGUCAGUUAUAUAAUUCAGUCUCUCAUGGUGACGUGUUAGCUGCUGUGGAGCAAUUCGGAAAAACCAAGUCAGUUGUACUGUAUCGGAAAAUACAGGAGGCACUCGUGUAUUUUGAGAAAGAGGAGAGCGCAAAGAAAUUAAAGAGCUUGAAGAGCAUCGAUGUGAAAGGAAUGCCAGUCACUGUUGUCAAGGAGCAGGAUGCUGUUUCUGAGGAACAAAAGAAGCCUUCACAGAAAAAACCUGCCACAACCAGUGUCUCCACACGUCAAACCACUACUACAAGGAAGGCUCUUCUCCCUACACCUAGUGCGCCUCCGCUUACAGGGCCCAAAAAGCCUUCGUCUUUACCUUCUGAAGCCAACAAAAGUACAACAGGCAAACAUGCUAAUCAGAAAAGUGCAGUUAAAGGCUCAGUUAAAGGCCCAAAAACUACCACCAAAGCAAAGGUUUUGGUUUCCAAAGCGAAAAGUGUCUCAACCAAGCAGAUUAACAAAAUGGUAAAAACAGGAAAGUUGCCUGCAAAAGGAGAUGUGAAAAAGGCCAUGGUAAAGCAAAAAAGUUCUUCAGGAGCCAAGUCCACAGCUACAGAAAAUCAGUCUGAUGUAGAAAACUUGAAGCCUAAAGAAUCUGAAACCAAGGUUCAAGAAACUGUGCCAAAAGACACAGCCAUGGUUCCUGAAAAUACAAAAACGACACUUGUUGAACCUAAAGAAUCUGAACCCAGGAUUCAAGAGGCUGCGCUGAAAGACCCAGCCAAGGUUGUUAAAAAUGCAAAUACGACGGUUGUUGAACCUAAACGAUCUGAACCCAAGCCUCAAGAAGCUGCGCCGAAAGAUACCGCCAAGGUUGCUAAAAAUGCAAAUACGAUAGUUGUUGAACCUAAACGAUCUGAAACCAAGCCUCAAGAAGCUGCACCGAAAGGUACCACCAAGGUUGUUGGAAAUGCAAAUAAGACAAUUGUUGAACCUAAACAAUCUGAAUCCAAGCCUCAAGAAGCUGCGCCGAAAGAUCCCGCCAAGGUUGUUAAAAAUGCAAAUACGACAGUUGUUGAACCUAAACGAUCUGAAACCAAGCCUCAAGAAGCUGCGCCGAAAGAUCCCGCCAAGGUUGUUAAAAAUGCAAAUACGACAGUUGUUGAACCUAAACGAUCUGAAACCAAGCCUCAAGAAGCUGCGCCGAAAGAUCCCGCCAAGGUUGUUAAAAAUGCAAAUACGACAGUUGUUGAACCUAAACGAUCUGAAACCAAGCCUCGAGAAACUACGCCGAAAGACACCGCCAAGGUUGUUGAAAAUGCAAAUACGACAGUUGUUGAACCUAAACAAUCUGAAACCAAGCCUCAAGAAGCUGCGCCGAAAGAUACCGCCAAGGUUGUUGAAAAUGCAAAUAAGACAGUUGUUGAACCUAAACGAUCUGAAACCAAGCCUCAAGAAGCUGUGCCGAAAGAUCCCGCCAAGGUUGUUGAAAAUGCAAAUAAGACAGUUGUUGAACCUAAACGAUCUGAAACCAAGCCUCAAGAAGCUGUGCCGAAAGAUCCCGCCAAGGUUGUUGAAAAUGCAAAUACGACAGUUGUUGAACCUAAACAAUCUGAAACCAAGCCUCAAGAAGCUGCGCCGAAAGAUACCGCCAAGGUUGUUGAAAAUGCAAAUAAGACAGUUGUUGAACCUGAACAAUCUGAAACCAAAGUUCAAGAAGUUGUGCCGAAAGACACCGCCAAGGUUGUUGAAAAUGCAAACGUGAAGGUUGCUGAACUUAAAGAGUCUGAAUCCAAGGUUCAAGAAAAUAUGCAAGAAGACUCAGCCAAGGUUCCCAAAAAUGCAAAUGUGACAAUUAUUGAACCUAAAGAAUCUGAAAUAAAUGUUCAUGAAGCUGUACUGAAAGACACUGCCAAGGUUGUUGAAGAUUCAAAUAUGACAGUUGUUGAACCUACGCUUCAGGCACUUGGCAAAGCCAGUGACACUGAAGACACUGAACCAAUGGAGAUUGGGGAAAAGGGAGUUGAAGUGGCAGAGCCCAUGGAAGAUGGAAGUUGUACUGAGGGCCAUGGAGAAAAAUUGACAACUACUGAGGCAGUACCAGAAAAUUCAGCAGACAAAUCCAGUGAGAGUCAACCACCAGACAGUACAGUUGAGACCCAGACAACAGACACCUCUGUCAAAGCUUUACCACAUGUCCAGCUAAGCACCGUGUCAGAACCAGAAUCCACUACACAAGGACCAGAGACCAAGAUGGAGGCUUCACAUCUGGAACAGCAGGCUGUGGGAAGUCCGACUGAGGCCGCUGUGGAGGCAAAGCCGGCAUGUCAAGGGGUGGAGACAAAGACAAUUGAAAAAGAUCCUGUGACGGAAGUGAAGACAGGAGCGGAUGCAACAUCAGCCAAGGAUGCCUCCAGACACAACGAAGAUACCUGUCUGACUGUUGGGGAGAUGGUAGAAAAGCGCCUGCAUCAAUCCCAAAUACCGUGCCUAAAGCUGAACAUCUGCUUCUCACCUAAAUUUAAUUCACUUAAUAAGAAGCAGUUGCUCAUAACCGACCUGCCGGUGUAUCAUGAUGGCUGCUACACAGAGGAAGACCUCGCCAAACUGCUCAUGCCAUUUGGGUUUCAAUAUGGAGAUGACAAGAUCCAUGUUGUUCCUCAGGCACUUAUGGCCUUCGUCAUGAUGCCGAAAGUGGAGGAUGUGCUUGAGAUCAUGAGAGUGUCCGUAAGGAAGGGCAUUACUUUCAAAGGGUCUAAAAUUGGUUUCCACGUGCUAGCUGGCGGUAUCACAAUGUCACCGCUUGGGAUUUAUUGGUCGCUGAUGAAGUUGAUGGGUUCACAUGCGGCUGACGAUGGAGCGAAAACAAUCUGCAUCAAGAACAUUUCAUGGAGUGAGAGCAGGGAACUCAGGGAAGCUUUGAAAAAAAUCGGCUCUGUCCAGAAUUACUUGCCUCUGCUCAACAAGGUAUUUGUAGAAUUUGAGUCCAUUGGUGAUGCUGAUCGGCUCGGAGUUUGGUACAGUCUCCUGAAACAAGCCCCUGGCCACAAAGUCUACAGGCUGAAAAUACCAAACAGACCCUGUACAACACUACCACCAAAACUUCCUGAGAAUGCUCUACCAGACAGCAAGGAUGUUGUUGCCGGGGCAACUAUCCCGCUGAUAGAAAAUGCCGUUCCACAGGCCAGCAUUGGACCAUUUUGGGUCAUGUUGAGAACUCAUCCCUUCCUGUUCCCUACUGUGUCUCCUUGGUUCAUCAUCCCAGGUCACCUGACAGCUGAAGGACAGGAGGACAUUGAGAAGGCCAGUGGUCGCGGUUCCAUGUGCCCUACGAUCAUGUUGACCGGUUUGCCGGGAAUCGGCCACUACAAGCAUUUAGACGUGGCCAAGCUGGUCUGGCGGUAUUUCCCCAAACAGAACCUUCACUCCCUGUACUACAACGUGGUGGUCUUACCGCUGCAGAGGAGGGCCUUUGUGUUUUUCUCUGAUUGGACUACGUGCUGCGAUUUUGUCCGAGAUCACAUCACAAAUCCAGUUUCUGUCAAAGGCUGCAAGCUCUGUGUUCACUUCGUCUUGGAACACAUGAAACCUGAAUCCAGUGAGGAGAUGAUGUACACAACUCUGAUGAAGUGGAGCAAUGCUGGAGUUCCAGAACCCGAUUCUCUGGAGGAGAAGUUGCUGUGUGUGGAGAUUUCUGAGGCAGCUCUGCGCGUCAUCAGGACGGUCUUGAAAGCGGUGGCCUCCAUUGCAACCUUUGUCGGCUUUCUGCCACUCGCCAACAGGAUAUGCAUUGAGAUGGCUGACUCCAGUGAUGUAACCAAGGUGGUGGAGAAUUACAACACCUCUUUGAAGACUGGCGGAGCUUGGUGUAAAGUUCACCGUUUUGAAUCUAUGAAGAGCCUUAAACAGCGUCUACAAGAUUCUAGUGAGAUCACAAUAAACUUUGAACCAGAUGCUAUCGAUGUCAAAGCCAAGCCCCCAGCUGUGGAAUGUGAAACCCAGCCUCCUCCUUCUGAACAGUCGGACAAUGGGUCACAACCUGCUCUGCAAACCAGUGACCCUGCUGGAUCCAUCAUAUCUGAGCCCAUUACAACUGAACCAAAUGUUACCCCAGCAAGUGACGUAGAAAUGAAGGAGGACGGUGAAAAAUCAGGAACUGAGAUCGCCAUGGACUCUGCUGUUGGUCCUGAGGCAAAUGAAGAUGUAGGGAAAGCAGACGUAAAGGUGGAAGAGGAGUCACCAACAACUUCAGUCUCUACUGCUGAUUCGACCUCUACCCCUGCAGUCAGCAGCGGAAACGCAGUCUCAGCUGCUUCCAGUUCUACCCCAUCAGCCACAGCAGUCAUCUCUGAAGGAAACUUUGCAGAAAUUCCUAAGAUUAGCACAGAAAAUUUCCUGGCCCUUGUGGCAGCAGUUCGCAAACACAAACUCAGCCGGGAGAGCAGGUCCCAGAGUGAGGACAAGAUGAGCCACAGCAAAUGCAACAUAAGGCCUAAAACUGCAACGGUUGAAGACACACCGCAAAAAAUGGCUCAGGACAAUUUUACAGAUGACAUUGUUUCUUCAGACGCCUGUCCUUUCGAUGCGCAAAAUUUCAACAUUGAUGACUUUGUCACUGUUGAUGAAGUUGGUGAUGAUGUGGGAGACGCAAUCCCUGAACCUUAUACCUCCUCCUCAUCUAAGCUGUCCUCCAGAUCUAGAAGAGAGAGACACAGCUCAGAUGUGUGGUCCACUGGCAAACAGACCUCAACAAGGUCUUCAAGAGACUCUAAAAACUCUUCUUCCUCAUCCUCCUCAUCCAGUUCAGCAAAAGGCUCAAGCUCUUCAAGCUCUCUAUCACCAAAAAAGCCCAAGGACUCAUCUGUGUCCACUAAAUCCCCAACCAAACCCUUGGCCUCUACCAGUGUCAGUAAAGCCUCCUCUUCUUCAGUAUCUACUGAAACCUCUUCUUCCCCUCGUCAGAAAACACAACUAAGCAAAACAAAACCUCCAGCCGAAGCAUCUAAUACUGCAUCUUCCAGUUGUCGUACCCGCUCAUCCUCAGCUGCACGUGAUACGGAAAAGAUAACAUCAGCAGCAAGUGUCAAGUCAUCAAUGAAGACACAUCCUGACCUGCUUGAAGAAAAAGUGAAAGACACAGAGAGCGUAGUAACAAAGCCUGACCACAAAGUGUCAGCAGAGGGCCUUGAUGCAAAAACUGUUGAGUCAGAGACAAAACCAGAAACAUCAUCAGAGAUGCAUCCACCUUUGCAGGGACAUGGGGUAGAGUUGAGCCAAGCUCAAAUUCUGGAGAUUGAUUCUAAUGCCAUCCACACGAAAGACCAGCAGAAAAGCAAAGAGGAAGGGAAAGACGAGGAUAAUAACAAACAUACAGAGGUGGAGGAGGACAACGGUGAGAAAUAUCAAAUCCUUGAUUCACUUGAUGAUCAAACAGAUCAACAGAUGGAUGAUGUGGACCCAGAGGUCAACUCUGAAGCCCAGCCAACUGGACCUGAGGGAGGCCAGACUUUGCACAAGGAAAGCUUUCAGGACUUGGACAGUGUUGACAGUGAAGGCAAAACCGGCUCACAGGAGUCCAGUGAAAUGGAAAUGGAUAGUUCUUUCCAUGUGCUUGAUAGUGUCACCGAAGACCAAGCAUCUACAGGUCAAGAGGAUAGUCAUCUGGUCCAAGAUGAUGGCUCUACAGUAAAACAGCUGUCUGAGGAAGAUGCGAUUUCAGCAGAUGUCAAAUCCGAUUUGUUAGGUAAAGAUCAAGAGGCAAAUAAUGUAGAUGAUUUCUAUGUGUUAGAUACAGGUAGUAAACAGUCUGAAAGGAACAAGGGAGAUGAAAAGAGGAGAUCAGAGGAAGAGGUCAAAGGCAAAAUGCUUUCAGCAGAGUCCUGCAAAGUCUCGAAAGCUGUUGAAAAUCCUGAUAGCCGAAUCCCAAAUGAAGACCAGCCUCUUCAAGACUCUGACAACAAAGAUACUUUUAAAGACACUGACAAUGAUGUAACUGAACAAGACACCUUUGAGGUACUGGAUUCAAUUGAUGAUCAGACCGCAACAGAAGACGACAACCAAAACCUUGAAACUCCCAGUGACCAGACAUCUAAAGAAGACAUGAGGCCCAUGGAGGAAGACGAAGACACAUAUCAGGUUAUUGAUUCUGUGGAAGAUCAGCCAUCGACUAUAGAGAUGAAGAUGGAGCCUGACAACAAGGGGAAAAGAAACACAAGAAGGGAGGUGACCGCUAUAAAAGAUAAUAGGCGAUCAAAGAAAAGCAGCCCCACAACUACAGCAUCCAGAAGUGAAGAGAAGGAGAAAUCACCAAAGAAACAGGACAGGACAGUCAAAAAAUAUGACACACGGACAAGAGUGGACACCUCUGCAGGAGUUUCUGAAAAAGACAAAGAGGUCAAUGAGGAGGUGAUGUACCAAAUAGUAGAUUCUGUUGAAGAUGAACCGGUUCAAGAUGCUGCCACCACAGAACGGUCUGGUAGAAGAAGGAGUGCACGAGGAAAGAGAGAGGAUAAAAUGGUAUUGGUUCUCACAGAAGCGCCUGAAAAACCAGAGGAGGCUACAUAUGAGAUUGUAGACUCUGUGGAGGACGAAACUCCCAGUGAUGUACCAACUAUCUCGGCAAGAUCUACCAGAGGAAAACGGGAAAGAACAGUUAAGAAAGAUGUGUCAAAUGAAAAAACAAAAAAAGAGGACACUCCAACAGGAAGGAGGCACACCUCUGCCAGAGAGCGAAACAGGGAAACACCAAAGAAAGAGGAGAAAAUGUCUCCAAAGGAGAGCACACCAUCAAAAAAGAGUGACAGUGUUGUAAGAGAGGUAAGUGAGGAGAAUGUUACCUCUAAGGUAUGCAACACUGUGGAGGAAGAGGUUGUUAAUGAUGAUCGGCCUGCUACAAGAACAGGACAAAGGGGAAGACCAAAGAAAGAUGUUAAAAUAACUAAAAGAGGUAGCACAACAUUAAAGAAGAGUGACAAAGACACAUCUGAAAUAGUGGCUGAUGAAGAAGAGGCGACAUAUCAGAUUCUUGAUUCUGUGGAGGACGAGAGUGUUGACGAUGAGCACCUCACAGAACAGUCAAAAGAGAGAGAUUCUGGACAUAAUGAACAACAAACAAACAAAAAUGCAUCUCUUGCAGGAUCACCCAAAAAUGAGGAGGAAGAGGAAGAGCCUGUGUAUCAGAUCAUAGAUUCCCUAGAAGACGAUCAAGCUCAAGAAGAGCUGACUGCGACAGAGGACAAGACAAAUGGUGAAACGUGUACAAAAGAGAAGGCACCAGUUGAAAAAGAUGACACAUCAACUUGUGGUACCAUAGUUGUGGAAGCAUCCGAAAAAGAGGUUGUCGAGGAGGAGACUUUGUAUCAGAUAAUUGAUCAUUUAGAGGAGGCAAAUGAUGAUCCAUCUGCUGCAGAAAUGUCUUCUAUGGUGAAUAAAGAAAAUACACCCAAAACAGAGAUUCAAAAAAUGGACAAAUUAACAACAAAACUCCACAGUGAUGCCACCGUACUUGAAGAGGAGAACAAACAAAAAUCACCUGAGAAAAACACAAAGAGCACUCUGGUGAACCUGGAUGAAGUGAGUGAGGAGGAGGAGGAUUACCCUGAUGACGCAGCAGAGGAGGAACAACUGAGGAAGCGACAGGCCGCUGCAAAAAAGAAGCAGUUCAACAAAGAGCGGGAGUCCAGGAGGACCAGGGAGAAAGAGGAGAGGAAGACUAGAGAGAGAGAAGACAAGGAAAGAAAGAGUUCAAGCAGCAGCAGAGGAGGAGGAGGCGGCGGGGGAGGGACGAAGAGGGAGAAGGGGAGGGGAAAGGAGGAGACAGUGGAGGUGGAUGCCAAGGAGCUGGUGACUCUGGAUGAGGUGGGAGCAGAUGAGGUCGGAGAGGAAAGAGCAUCUGAGAGCCGAGAGUGGGAUGGGGAGAUCACAGAGGGAGAGUUGCAGGCACUCGUCACUCUGGAUGAGUUUAUAGAAGAAGAGGAGGAUGGGAAGCCGGAGCAAAGCAUGCUGGAGACCUGUCCACCCAGCCAGGAGGAUGAAUCAGUGGACUUCUUAAACCCAGAGACUUUAGUGACUUUAGAUGAAGCUGGCGAUGAUGAGGAAGAGAAGCCAGACGAAGAGCAAACAGAGAAAACCUCAAGAUCUGCCAAACGCAAACACGAUGAUGACACAGUUUUAGAGGAAAGUAUGAACUUUGUGACAGUGGACGAAGUGGGAGAGGUGGAAGAAGAGGAGGAAAAGGAAAUGGUAAAAGCAAGAACGAGAGGACGAGCCAAGAAGAGAACCAGACAGACCCCUGUGAGAAAAUCUACCAGAGGGAAAACGGUGGCUGCAAAAGACGAGAGAGAAGAAGAAAAUGAAGCAGCUGACACUGAUGUACUGCCUCCCACUUCACUCGAUGGCUCCUCGUCACUGGACAAAGAUCCGUCUACGUUUUCAAAUGACGGCCAGACUGAGGUCCAGAAGACAGAGGCAAAGGUGGAAUCGGCAAGCCAAGCAGACAUCACUGCUGCUUCUGCUGAGCAGGAGUCGCCAUCGGGGCACCCUGAGAACCAGACACUGGAGAUAUGUGUGGAGCAAGGAGAGGAGGAGAAAGAAGGAUGGAACAGGGCGGGCAUAAAAGCUGUGAGUAAACGGAGGAAGGAGCCUGUCGGACCUGAAGCAAAGCGAUCUCGUUCUCAGUCUCCAUGUGUCGCUGCUGACGUCAAACUGCCUGUGUUUAAACCCAACAAUCCCCUCGGUCAGGAGUUUGUCGUCCCCAAAUCAGGGUACUUCUGUAAUCUCUGCUCUGUUUUCUACCUGAACGAGAGCACCGCCAAGGACCUCCACUGCAGCAGCCAGAGACACUUCGACAACUUGCAGAAACAUUACCAGAAGCUGAAACAGAAAACAUCAAGAAGUUGCGCACAAAGUUCUCAAGGCUCCGUUUCUGAUUGAUAGCGACUUCAGCUACUGGUGAAACUGUACUGGGUGUACAAUAUGCCAUGUGGAUCAUAAUUUUAUUUUAAUUUUUUUCAUAUAAAUGUGUAAAUUAUCUACCACAGUACUUACUGAAUAUUUUAGCAUGUAUCGCCUCAGUGGGUUUUAAACUCCCUCCAGCUCUACAGUUUUGGUGCCUUGCUCUGUGAACAGUUGCACAGUUGUAGAAAAACCAGGAAUCAUGAGCUGAGUCAAACAUAAAGUCAGUGACGGUUACAUUUUCGAAGGUUUGGAACUUUAAACGGUGCUACAUGACCUCUUUUACUCAUCGAUACAUAAUUACUACAGUAUUUUUUUUUUGCGAACACGGCAUUUACAUUUGUCUGAUUUUCUGGAAAUGGGUUUAAAACCUGUCAACAUUUUGACAUUUUGAAUGCAACAUGUAGCACCUUUUGAAGGAACUGUUACUCUGUGAGCCUGUUAACCUGUUUUUAAAGUUGAAUAAAUGAAGCUUCGAAUUUCAUCCUGAGUACGAUGUAUAAAACUCAGAUAAACAACCACUUCAGCUUCGGUAACCGUGCAGCUGAAAAUCCUUGUCACGGUUAGAUCAUAAGUCGUCGAAAUCUGGUGCUUGGGCAGUGACUUCUGGCAUCAGAAACCAACGGAAAAAAGCCGUCCUUUAACGUCGGCAUGAUGUGCCACAGGUUGCCAUUAUAGUUUAAGAAAGAGCCUGUAUGUAUACGUUAAAUUUCCUGUGAAAACAGAAGUGUAUCUUGAAAGAAGACAAUGCAUGUAACAGGCAGAACUUCACACGGCGUCCCAGAACGUCAACAACAAGCGCACCCAGGAUACCUUGGACGACCAAAUGAUGUGAAUGUGUUGGUUUGACAAACGUGAGAAAGAUUAAUGAUAAGAAUUAUUAUUUUGUCUUUCAGAGACAAUGUAAAGACAGUUUUGUUGUUUGUAGUUUUGGAAAAUAUGUGAAUUAUUUAACGGUCACGGUCAAUGCAAAUCACAGAGCUGAGCUUCGGGGAUGUUUCAGAUUUGUCUGUCCUAACGAAAAUGUAUCUGAAACAGCACCUGCUCCCAGUUUUGGCAACUUUCUGGUGUAAAAGGACAUUUUUACUCUGUAAUAAACUGUAUAUCUAGUAAA